GAAUAAAGGGCCCGAAAACAAGAGAAGCAUCAGGGCUCAUGAUUUAUCUUUUGGGCCCUGGUGUCAUGAGGUCAGUUAUUCAUGAACUUACAAGAAGUAUCGAAUAGUUUUUAAAUUAAUACUGAUGUCAGUACAUUAAUCAAACCAGAAUGUACACAGAUAGUUUGACAAACUAAGAAACAACAGCGUUUGGACAGCUAACCGAAUUAAAUAACAUUCUCAAAUCGCCGCCAAGUGCGGAAAACAUCCAAAACAAAACCAGGCCUCACUCCACAACACACCGCCUUUUGAUGCCUUAUUUUUGCGACAGUGUUCGGCGUGACGCAAUGACUUUGCGACCGUGUGCGGCAUGACGCGUUCUUUGUGCGGAUCAUGUCGGAGAGCGCGGCGCGAGGCGACAUGCCGGCCAAGAGACAGAAACUGAGCGACGAAAACAGCAACCCGGACGUAUCUGGAGACGAAAACGAUGACGCUGCCAGUAUAGAGAGUGGUACAAAUACAGAGAGGCCAGACACCCCUACAAACACACCAAAUGUCCCUGGGCGGAAGAGCUGGGGGAAGGGCAAGUGGAAGUCCAAGAAAUGCAAAUAUUCCUUUAAAUGUGUCAACAGUCUUAAGGAGGAUCAUGGUCAACCACUUUUCGGAGUGCAGUUUAACUGGCACAGUAAGGAGGGAGAUCCUUUGGUAUUUGCCACAGUCGGCAGCAACCGGGUCACACUGUAUGAAUGCCAUUCUCAAGGAGAAAUAAGAUUACUACAGUCAUAUGUGGAUGCUGAUACAGAUGAAAACUUCUACACAUGUGCAUGGACUUAUGACAGUAAUACAAGUCACCCCCUCCUAGCUGUGGCAGGAUCGAGGGGCAUUAUCCGAAUUAUUAAUCCUAUUUCCAUGCAGUGCAUUAAGCACUAUGUUGGACAUGGUAAUGCAAUCAAUGAGCUGAAAUUCCACCCCAGAGAACCAAAUCUUCUGCUUUCUGUAAGCAAAGAUCAUGCUCUAAGGUUUUGGAACAUCCAGACAGACACUUUAGUUGCGAUAUUUGGAGGUGUGGAAGGACAUCGAGAUGAGGUGCUGAGUGCAGAUUUUGAUCUCCUUGGAGAAAAAAUAAUGUCUUGUGGCAUGGAUCAUUCUCUUAAAUUGUGGCGAAUCAACUCGGAAAGAAUGCUAAAAGCUAUUAAAGCAUCGAAUGAAUAUAACCCAAGUAAAACUAACAGGCCAUUUGUGUCGCAGAAAAUCCAUUUCCCAGAUUUCUCCACUAGGGACAUACACAGGAAUUAUGUGGACUGCGUGCGAUGGCUUGGAGAUCUGAUAUUAUCAAAGUCUUGUGAAAAUGCCAUAGUGUGCUGGAAACCUAGCAAAAUGGAGGAUGACAUUGAUAGAAUAAAACCAAAUGAAUCAAAUGUGACCAUACUGGGAAGAUUUGAUUACAGUCAGUGCGAUAUCUGGUACAUGAGGUUUUCAAUGGAUUUCUGGCAGAAGAUGCUGGCUUUGGGUAAUCAAGUUGGAAAACUCUAUGUAUGGGACCUCGAAGUGGAAGAUCCUCAUAAGGCUAAGUGCACAACACUGGCAUAUCCAAAAUGCACCGCAGCCAUACGACAAACGAGUUUUAGCAGAGAUAGCAGUAUUCUCAUCGCUGUAUGUGAUGAUGCCACCAUCUGGCGAUGGGACAGACUUCGAUAAACAAUAAUAUUAAUCACAUUCCAGAUUGUGAAUUCGGCAUAUUAUCUGUGUACCAGUGACAUUGAAUAUUUUCUCAGCUUGUUUUGCCCAGUUAUAUUGUCACAGGAAUUUUACUGUUAGUCGUUUGGUAGUACAGAACUUGAGUUUCACGUCUGAAAAAAGAGAUGUGUCUCAGCUUUUUGUCUUACACACAUCAGGACACUGACAGGAAUACCAAUUCAGGGGAAAACAAUUUAUACUGUAUUUGAAGAGUGGGCUGGUUGGUGGGCAAGUGGCAUUGCCAUGGAGAAUGCAGUGAUGGUGACUGAUAAUUAAUGCUAAGCAUUGUUUGAAAUUUGAACCAGGUAACUUGACCCUGAUUGGUCAUGGCACUGCCCUGAGGAAUGAGUCACUACAUGGCUGUCACUUAUUUUGUUCAGCUGAAACAGGAGCGAUGUAUGUACAUGUACAUUUGUGCCUGUUUCAGUUAAAUAAAAUAAGGGACAGCCAUUCGCUGACUCAUUCCUUGGGGCAAUGCCUUGACCAGUCAGGAUCAAAUUGCCUGGUUUCAAUUUCAAAACAAUGCUUGACAUUAACUGUCAGUCACCAUCACUGCACUCUCUAUGGCAACACCACUUGCCAACCAAUCAACACUCUUCACAUACAGUAUAAAUUGUUGUUUUCCCCUUAUAUUGGUAUUCCUGAUAAGUGCAAGAAGAAAAACUUAGACAUGUCUUUUUUUCCAGCAAUUUUACCAUUUAUGUACAUCUGCUAAUACAUAUUGUGUAGUUAAGUUGACCUUUCUGUUCGUGAUGCUUGGUGCUUUUACUCUGCUAUCAAUAAAAUAUAUUUUUUAUA